AUGAGCGAUAUAGCUUCUGAGUUGAAACGUGAGGAGGAGCGUGGAGAAGCUCUGGACCGAGAGAUUGCCGCUUUGUUGGUUGAAUUGAGUAAGUAUGAAAUGGCUAGCACUGCUGACUACACAGCUGGAAUAAUUGACCAGCAAGUUAAACAACAAGACAAGGAAUACGAAACGAGGUUUGCUUCUCUCAUGACCACUCAGAAGUCUAUCAAGACCGUUCUGGAUCAAACAUCUUCAAUCUACGAUACAGCGAAUUCUAUCAUCCCUGCCCUAUGGGAUACCGUGAGUCAUGCUGAAAGGGAUGUAGAAAAGUAUCGCAGCAGAGUUGAGUGCCUACAGCGCAAGAAGGAAAAUGCUCAUGCUGCAUUGACGCAAAAAGUUGCGACACAAAAAUCGAUAAUCGAAGGAUUCUGUGAGAAGUUUGCUACGGACAAAGUAUCACCGGGUCUAGAAAAAUUGAUGUCUUCACUGAGAAAAUUAAAGAUCGAUGAAGAGGCUUCAUUUACUUCCGUCAAGAAAGGACUCGAACAGACAACUGUCGACAUCAACAACAAUAUUCAAACUAGAGACGAUCUUCUCCGUUCUAUUGCCCAGGCUGAAGCUCAAUGUGAUAUAACUCGUAAAUGUUUAGAAAAUGAGAAAGAGUAUGUGCACCUACAAACUCUCAGAAUCGCAGAAAAUGAAAAGGAACUUGAUAUUCUGAGGAAAAAGAAGGAUGAAGCGAUUAUGAAAGUCACUCUAGCGAAUUGUAUUCUCGAAAAAUUACGUACUUCCGAUGCUGCGGAGAAACUCCUGGCGCUGGUGAAUGAGACCAAGAGUGUGGAUGAAAGGCUGUCGCAGCUUCGUGACGAUCGCUCUGCAUUUGAGGAGCAGAGAAGAGCUGAAGAACUGACUUGGCAGAGAGAGAUAACUAUCAAAAAGAACAUCAACUGUUGCCUAUUCGAUGGAAAGCCUCUGCCCUCGAUUGCCAAUCCCAAACAAGUCAUUACUGUACGGAAGGAACGCCAUUCAAUUGCGCCGCAUCUGAAUGUUCACCUCAUCGUGGCAGCACUGCUCCAUGGACGUGCUUAG